UGAAAGAAAGUCUAAGGCACUCUGUCUCCCGUUAAAGCGCCGCUGCUAUAAUUAUCUCGCUGACUCGCCCGACAACUCCCAACACUGCACGGACCGCAAGCCAAAACGCUCCUCAAUUGGACUCAAAACGGCGAUAAAGCUCAGGCACGAACGUGUCGAGUCGCAUCCUCCGGCCGACGGCGGAGGUUCAACAGCUGUGACGUCAUCACCUGCUCGCAUUUCUUGCAGAUUCUUUUGGAUUUUUAUCGCAGGCAUCGCACUUUUCGCAACUGUCAUGCUGAACUACAAUAACAAGCAGCCCUUCCAGUUUCGAGGCAAUGGCGGAGGCGGAAAUCAAAGACAUCCAGGAUCAGGAAAUAAUGGAAGAGGAUGGGGCACGGGCCAAAAUACGUUUGGCAACGCUCAACGCUCUUUCCAGAUCAACGUCGGCUCAAUCAGGAGCACUGGUGACCUGGAAACGUUCAUCAGGAGCGAGGGCCGAGUGCCGAGCUGGGACUUUGCAGUCUUGCAUGACACUUUCCGCGAGCUCGAUUGGCUCAAACACCAGCAGUUCACUGACUUUGUGAGCGGCGUGGUGACCCUGGCGGAGAGUCAGGACCACUUGGUCCUGCAGGAGCGCUUCCGCAGGGACAGGUGCGUGGAACUGAGCCGGCACGAGGUGUCAGUGCUGCUGGCCAACGCCUUCCUCUGCCGCCUCAAAUACACGGAUCACAAGAGCAGCCUCAACUUCAACAGCCUCUACAGCUCCCGGGGCGCCAGGGAAGUGAAAAAGGAGAAGCUCAAGUGCCUCGUUUUGUAUCUGUACUUUGUCCUGACCAAUUCACAUUAUGCUCGCGAGACAGUGACAUACAGAAAAGUGAAGAUGCACGCGCAGGAUGAGAACUCAUUCAGGCAAUUAAAUUUUGCAGACAGCCAGAGUGUGCUCAGUGAAGUGGAUAUUAUUCCUAACCAGAGUCUGUCGGAAGCCAAGGGAGUGGCUCAGGUGGAUUUUGCGAACAAGGGAAUCGGAGGCGGCGUCCUGAGCAGCGGUUCCCUGCAGGAGGAGAUAAAAUUCAUCACGUGCCCUGAGCUGUUGGUUUCCAAGCUGUUUCCUGACGAGAUGAGAGACGACGAGGCCAUCAUUGUGGAGAACGCGCGCUUCUACAUUCAGUAUACGGGCUACGCCAACUCGUUCCGCUGCGUUGGGUUGCAGCCGCAGCCGCUGGACUUUGAGGGUCCGCUGCUGGCCAUCGACGCCACCGACUUUUCCAAGGGCUACGGCCCAAACGAGCAGUACCAGAAGCACCACGUGAUGCGGGAGCUGAAAAAGGCCUACGUUGGCUUCAGCAAUGUGGCCACCGACGCCAUUGCCACUGGAAAUUGGGGAGGAGGUGCUUUCAAGGGUGACGCUGAGCUGAAGUUCAAGAUUCAGUGGUUGGCGGCAAGCCUGGCGGGCAAAAAACUUGUCUACUACCCCUACACAAGUGAUUCGCUGAAAAACCAGAUCCACCAGGUGGUGCUCCAGUUCCGAGGACAUACCACAAGGGAUUUGUGCUCUUCCUUGAACCUGAAGAGGGACGUGCCUAUAACAGAGCCUCCUCGCGGAUUUAAGCGACAGCCAGAAGCCCCGAUUGAAAACUACAUUCAAGCGAAACGUAAUAAGCCACGUCACCAGUUUACGGAACAACCGCGUUGGCAGGAGGCACAGCGGUUCCCUCGCCAAGUGGCUCAUGGCAGCCGCAGCAGCACAGCGUGGUUCCCCGGUCUCAGCAGCCUCGGUCAGUACCGCAUUUUCCGGUUUCUGAUGAAAUUCGUGCCUACCCAACGACCCGUGGGUCCGGUGGCCGAAAUGCAGAUGGACUCAGACACAGACAUGGAGGCCGGUCCGAGCAGGCCAAUAACUUUGGCUGCUGUCCCGACACAUUCAGCUGCUGUAUUAGCUAGGGCUCCCGCGACUAUCAGGUCUGGAACCGCGUUUGUCAGAAGGGCUUGGAGCACAUUUUGGAGGCGACGUUUGAGGGGUUAAAUCAUCGUGUAAAUUUGAAACUAAAUAUCUAGUGUCAAGGCUGAUGAGCUUUAUUAUUAAUCUACUGUAUUUUACUAACGCAGAAAAUACUGCGUCCUGUUUGUUUGAUAUAUUCAAUAAAUAUUAUAAUUGUCUGGAUGAUACAUGAUUGUAUUUCUGUUAUAAUCAAUAAAAUUUGGUAAAUUAA